AUGGGACCAACCACGAAAGAUAUCGGCAUGAUUCUUGACGGUGCUGCUGGAGGCAUUGACGAGGGGUCUGGGCGGCUCCACUUGGAUAUGGCGCAAGAGGACCUCGAGGAGGAGCUACGAACCCAACCGCUCCUCGACUCCGUGCGAAGCUUGGUCAACAAGGAGAGGCAACUCGCGGGUCUACAGCUGGAAGAAAAAGAACGGGAAGCAGAGCUGUGGAGGGACAGGUUUAGGCAACUUCAGAUCGAAUCGGGCGGCAUUGAUUCUGCUGCGCGUGAAGCCGGCGAGACUAUCGCCACGGAAAGUUGGCAUCGCGACGAGGAAGAUAGUGACUGGGACAACUUGCAGGCGGCCAGCAAGAAGGCAGGUGACCGCUAUCUCGGAAAGCUGAGGAGACAAGAGAGCCUGGAUCUUUCCCGGCGCGGUAUUGGAAAAGAAGACCUGGAAGGUAUAGUAGUCAAACUACGAUGGCUACGGGGAUUUACAUCGGUUGACCUCAGGGGCAACAACAUUGACGACGCCUGCGUGCAGCCGUUAAAGAGUCUGAUGGCGCUCAGACAGUUGUGCAGCCUCGACCUUAGGGGAAACCAACUCGGCCCCUCCUCAGGCAAUGCGUUGCUCGAGUCGCUGUCAAGGUGUAGACGCUUACAGGUUCUCCGGCUGGAAGCGAAUGGACUAUUCGCCCGAACGCCUGGGGCUGGAGCCCGCCUCGCGGCCGGGUUGAAAGCUGCCAUCAAGGCCGGCGGCUGCAGACAUCUGUGGAGCCUAAGCGUGACCCUCGAUGACUUCGACGGGAACUUCUUCAUGAACGCGCCGCGAAAGACGAAGGCCAAAACUGCGGGUGGUGGCCCGACAGCAACCGGGACAGGGCGCAGCACCAGAAAGGCCGCCGGACCACCCCCUGCCGCGGGCCCGAUGCCUGCGGCUCAUCCGAUGAAUGCUCUGGCCCUCGCGCGCGCGUUUCACCCCCGGGCGCCGGAUGGCGGCGCAGGGGCCUUGUUGAAUGAAGACGGGGAAAGUGAGGCAAAUUCUCGCGGCGUUCGUGGCAAUACCAAAAGGGGCUCCGCUCGUGUUGGGAGGGGGUCCAUAACCUCGCUCGGACUGCCGUACGCGAGGCUGCACCCCCGCACCGUCGAGGAGCUUGCGGCACAUGCAAUUUCCUCGUUAACCCACUUGGAUCUAUCCUUUUGCUACAUUGGGCCCGCAGGUGCGGUCGCCCUUGCGCGCGGGUUGGACGGUCAUGACGGCGGCAGUAGCAGAGGUAGCGGCACCCACGGUCGGGGAUCGCGCUCCCUCCGCUCCCUACAGCUGCCACACAACGCCGUCGGCGACACGGGAGCACAUGCGCUCGGCCAAAGCCUAUCGAGCAACCGCUGCCUCACAUUCCUCUCGCUCGCGUCCAAUGGCAUCGGUCCCGCUGGCGCCCGUGCGCUGGCUGCCGCUGUCGGCUCUCGCGGCAACGACGGCGGUGGCAGCGUCCUAACGAGGCUAGACAUGGGAGACAACCCUCUAGAGGGCGAAGCGGCAAGGCUCCUCGUCGCCGCUGCUACACGUCAAGCCCCCACCGACGGGCACGGCGGCAAGGACGGUGACGGUACUACACGUGGAGCGACGACGUUGCAGGUCUUAGGGCUUGACAGAGCCCUCGGGGCUGCUGUCGCCACGAGGGAAGCCGCCCGUCGCGCCGCUUCAGCCGCCGCAGCGUGUGAGGCAGCGACGACGACUACUCUGGUGGCCAUUGGCAACGAGGUAUCUGUGCAACCAGAGGAUGCCAUCGGCAAUGGCGGACUUGUACAGGUAUACCAGGUUCUGCUUGAUUCCCGAUUCGAAAUGCCUGCUGAUGAGAUUUUCACUAUCCGAGGCGGUGCUAAGGGGCGAGGUGCAACGCUUGACAUCGAGUGGAGUUGUGCGACAGACUGGCUCGAUCCGUGCUGGUGGCGAGUAUCCCAAACAAGAAAGGGACAGCCUGAGUUAUCGGUGAAAGAAGGAGUUGGCACGGAAGAGGGGUGGGUAUCCGGACAGGCAAACCACGAUGGCGGCGAGCUGAGAGACGGAUACAGGUGCCAGAGGCUAGGGGCACCAAGUACGCAAGAAUCAAGUACACGGCGUUUGAACAGGCCGCGUCCGAUUUCGAUGCAACGGGUGGAGAAAACACGACAUUCUCAAGGUUUUCGUCCGGCCUCCGACUGGCAGCGGCGGUGGGCGCGUGAGGUGCUGUGAUCUCGCCGUUGGCUUGGCGGACGGAAUACCGCCAUUGCUUUCGUCGGUACACUACGGCUUGUUGUGGGCCGAUUCGGAGAGCGUAGAAGGAGACAUCGAGACAGCGGGAGGCUGGCAGGGAGAGGAUCGCCCACAAUCCCCAAGCGUCGCGGAAUGCGCUCAUGUGGAAUUCCUUAUGUCCAACAGCAAUAAACCACGCCCAGAGGUGGAACGGGCAGUGGCACGACCUCCGUCAGAAAAGGACGGGAGCAACGGUUUUUGCGGCAACGGCGGCAGGGCGGAUGUGAUGCA